UGUGCGCAGUGUGGCCGAGCACUCCGCCAUUGGGGGAUCCAGGAGCGGCCAUAGUGCUGGGGCACGAGUUCCAGCGCCUCGAUUCGUGUCUCCUCGCUUUUCUGCGCACUCCUCGGCUGCACACACCGCCGGCACUGCGCUCUCCAACCCUCCGUUUCCUGCGCGGCGCUGGUGCGUGUGAGUCGAGCGGCGCCGCGCUAAGCCGCUCGUGCGCACGGGAGCAGUGAGCUCUUCUCUGCCCUCUGCCCGUUUGAUGGAUCCGAGGAUCGCCUGGUUUCAGCCAGAACAGCUCGGACCCGCUAAUAACCUGUGGAUGCAGAUCUGGGAGACGACGCAGGGUCUGGGCAGCCUCUGCUUCAACGAGAACCACAACGCCGCCUCCAGCCGGACCGCUGCUGCACUGAACGGCGCCGCGGGGACGUGCAGCGCGAGCCGGAGCGCCGAGGGCGGAGAGCCCAGGGAGCGGGGCAUGUCCGUGUGCAGGCCCGAGAGCCUCAUCGCCGAGCAGCCGGACUUCGUGCCUCUGGACGCGGACAACAACUACAGGAACCGGGCAGCGAGUAAGGGCGGCCGGGCCGCGGGGCUCGGCCCCGGUUCCGUGUGGAGGAUCGCGGAUGGCGCCGCGCAGCGCAGCAAACGGAGACGCGAGAACAAAGCGAGCACGUUUGGCUUCAACAGCAGCGCCGUGCGGACGGCAUCGUGCGCGGCCGAGCCCGGCGGGUUCCCGGGCACCCCGUGGAAGAGGAGGAACUACUCGGAGGGCAUUUUCGGGCUGCACGAGGAAAUCAUUGACUUUUAUGAGUAUAUGUCCCCGCGGCCGGAGGAGGAGCGCAUGAGGAUGGAGGUGGUGGACCGCAUCGAGAGGGUCGUCAAGGACUUGUGGCCCUACGCAAACGUGCAGGUGUUUGGGAGUUUCAGCACAGGUCUUUACUUACCAACCAGUGACAUCGACCUGGUGGUGUUCGGGAAGUGGGACAACCUGCCUUUGUGGACCCUCGAGGAGGCGUUACGCAAGAGCAGUGUGGCCGAUGAGAAUUCCGUCAAGGUUCUGGACAAAGCUACGGUUCCCAUCAUAAAACUGACUGACUCUUACACCGAGGUGAAAGUGGACAUCAGUUUCAAUGUACAGAAUGGCGUGAAAGCUGCCCAGCUCAUUAAAGAGUUUAAGAAGAAAUUCCCUGUGCUUCCCUACCUGGUGCUUGUGCUGAAGCAGUUCCUGCUACAGAGGGACUUGAAUGAGGUCUUCACCGGGGGGAUCGGCUCCUAUAGCCUCUUUCUCAUGGUCGUCAGCUUCCUGCAGCUACAUUAUCGAGAAGAUGCCAGCAGCCCGAACGCCAACGUAGGCGUUCUCCUCAUCGAGUUCUUUGAGCACUAUGGCAGAAACUUCAACUACCUGAAGACAGGCAUUCGGAUAAAGGAUGGUGGCAGCUACGUGGCAAAAGACGAGGUGCAGAGGAAUAUGCUUGAUGGCUACCGGCCCUCCAUGCUCUACAUCGAGGACCCUUUGCAACCAGGCAACGACGUUGGCCGCAGCUCAUACGGUGCCAUGCAGGUGAAGCAGGCCUUUGACUACGCCUAUGUGGUUCUGAGCCAUGCCGUCUCCCCCAUUGCCAAGUACUACCCUAACAAUGAGGCCCAGAGUAUACUGGGCCGGAUCAUUCGGGUCACCCAGGAAGUGGCUGAAUACAGAGACUGGAUAAGCAAACAGUGGGGGGGUCAGUCUCAGAAUGACCCAGCCUUUAAUGGAAAUGACAUCACAUUGCUGGUGGAACCUCAGCAGCUGGACAAGUGCAACAAUAAUGUGUCCAAGGAGGAAGUUGUGGUGCUGCCCCCGGUGUCCCGCUGCAAGCACUCAUCGAGCUCAUCCUCCCCACCCCCGUCAUCUCCCUCUUUGCCCUCAUCGCCUUCGUCUUCACCCUCACCGUCAUCGCCGUCCUCCAGGGCAUCCAGUUCCAGUGACGCUGACUCUGAUGGAACACCCUGUAAGACGGUGAAGCAGCUCGCAGGACGGGCCUCAAGUUCGCACAGGGAUCCUUUCGGAAGCGGGGCCACACAUAGAGCCCAGAGCCACGUGCCCAGAAGUCCCACGUCCAACAUGAACAAGGGCAAGUCAGGAGUGCGGCAGUUUCGCUCCUCUAGUAAAGGGGCUCACACGCAGCAGAGUUCGGGCCAGCUGAAUGGCUCGCCCGGCACCAAGGCCCAUCACGGCAGCAAGCCGCACCACCAGGGCAACAGCAAGAGGAAGCCACAGCGGGAGGCCCUGCAUGCGGACCUCUGUAGAUAAGGCGUAGCUUGUUUCCUCGGACCUGCCACUUCCUACCCACAUUUUGCUGCAAGACUUUUUCCUAAAGGAUUCUCAGUAGUAUUAUUUUUUUUUCCUUGAGCGAAAAAUGACUUUUUAUAACUUCAGAAGAAUAAAAACGAAGCAGAAGGGCAGGGAGCUCCACAGUUUGGAUGCGG